GUCUCCAGGAGUCAAAUUCACAGCACUCCGCAUCAGCACUCUGUGCUGUGCAGACCUGGACUAAGAACGUGUGCCCUGGGUGAGCAGGGGCUGGGAGCCGAGCCUCCUGCAAAGUGCCCAGAGGAGGGACGUGGAGACCAUCCUGCCAUCCCGCUGCAGCAGGGCCCUGGGAAAGGGGUGUGUAUAUGUGUCUGAGCCUGGCACUGGGAGCCUGAGACUGAAAGAGAGAUUCCUUUGUUGUAAUGCCCCUGGCAGGAACUCCUGCUCCCAUCAAGAGGAAAAAGUCCACUAAACUAAUUGGGAAACUAAGUGAAGAAGUCAUGCCACAGGAAGGGUCCAAGCUGAACCUGGGGAAGAAGAUCAGCAUCCCCAGGGAUGUGAUGCUAGAAGAGCUCUCUCUCCUCACCAACAAAGGAUCAAAGAUGUUCAAACUACGUCAGCUGCGGGUGGAGAAAUUCAUAUAUGAGAAUAACCCUGAUGUCUUCACUGACAGUUCAGUGGAUCACUUUCAGCGGUUCAUCCCCUCCGUCGGAGGACAUUAUGGAGGAGAAGCUCAUGGCUAUUCACAUGCCAGCGGGCGGAUGGUGGGAGGAGUGACUACAGGGCAGUAUGGGCCUAAUAAGCUGCACUAUCCCCCUGCCCCUCCUCCGAAACCUGGAAGCAAAGGUGGUGCUGGGGGCACUGGACCCGGUCAUGCUGGAGGGCCAGCGGGCACUGGGGGAGGAGUGGAUGGUGGAGGAGGUGACAGUGCUGGAAAAGAUGGCAGAGCAGAUGAAAAGUCAGGAGAUGGGAAGAAAGUCUCCAUCUUUAAAACCUACAUAUCCCCAUGGGAACGAGCCAUAGGAAUCACCCCCCAGGAGAAAAGUCAGUUCACCAUUGACUUGUUGUCUUAUGGUGCCAGACCCGAUUUCCCCCAUUACAAGUCCUUUAACAGAACUGCCAUGCCUUACGGUGGCUACGAGAAGGCAGUCAAGCUGAUGACCUUCCAGAUGCCUGAGUUUGAUGCUGGUCCUUUGGUGCCAGAGCCUGUCAUUGUCUACAGCCAAGAUAUCAACAACAGACCCUCCUUCAACAGGACCCCUGUGCCCUGGUUGGGGUCAGGAGAACCGAAUGAGUACACUAUUGAGGUCAACGUGCCACUGGAAGGUGAAACAGAGGAGCUAUAAACCCCUCCCUCCUUCUGUUCUUCCUUCCUUCCUCUCAACCCUCCUGACUUGCAAGCUCAUAAUUGUGGGGAGAUGGAAAACACACCUCCAAUCCCAGGAAUCUCUACUUUGCCCCUAGGCCAGACAAGUUUUCACUAGGUUCUAAACUGAUCUUUGCUGUGAUGUUUAUCUGUAACAGAAGCAGAUAAAGGGAAAAGACUAAAAGAGAAAAAGAGUGAGCGAGCAUGAGUGAUGGCUUUUUACCUACCCAGGCAAGACAAGGCAACUCUAGGAAAUGGCCUUUGUGUAGAGACACUGAAUGCUGCCUGCCUGCUCCAUAUUAAACCUGUUCUGUCACUUGUUCAUAAUCAAUAA